GUCUUCCUCCAGUAACCACACCGGCGCCACCGUAUUCCUAAUUGAUUUCCGAUGACGGCCGAAGUUGCCAACGGCGUCUUAGGGACUCCGUCCUUUAACCCUAACGGCGGUGUGAACCAUCAGACCAAUAUGAAUCAGGCGUCGAAGAAAUCACGAGAAACCGACCGCCGUCGGAGGCGGCGGAAACAGAAGAAAAACAAGUCCGCAGUAGGAGAAGAUACCAACACUGAUGCUUCUGUUACCGGAGAUGAUAAUGCAAAAGAGAACUCCGAUCCUCAGAAGGUUGUGGAGCAAGUUGAAGUUGAGUACAUUCCAGAAAAAGCAGAACUUGAUGGUUACUUAGACGAUGAAUUCAGAAAGGUCUUCGAGAAAUUUACUUUUAAGGAAACGGCUCCCUCCGAGGAAAACGACAAGAAUGAAGAGACUGCUGCCAAUGCAGCAUCAAACAAGAAAGCUAGUUCUGAUUCAGAGGAAGAAGAACAAGAUGCCCAACAAAAGGAUAAAGGUGGCGUCUCUAAUAAAAAGAAAAAGCUUCAACGGCGGAUGAAGAUUGCUGAACUGAAGCAGAUCAGUACAAGGCCAGAUGUAGUUGAGGUGUGGGAUGCUACCUCAGCUGAUCCAAAGUUGCUGGUUUUUCUCAAAUCAUAUCGCAAUACUGUUCCUGUGCCAAGGCAUUGGUGUCAGAAAAGGAAAUUUUUGCAGGGGAAGCGGGGUAUCGAGAAGCAACCGUUUCAACUUCCUGACUUUAUUGCAGCUACAGGGAUUGAGAAAAUUAGACAAGCUUACAUUGAAAAGGAGGACAAUAAGAAGCUUAAACAGAAGCAGCGUGAGAGGAUGCAACCAAAAAUGGGAAAGAUGGAUAUUGAUUAUCAGGUACUUCAUGAUGCAUUUUUCAAAUACCAGACCAAGCCAAAGUUGACGUCACAUGGUGACCUAUAUCAUGAAGGAAAAGAGUUUGAGGUGAAGCUUAGAGAGAUGAAGCCUGGAACCUUGUCACAUGAAUUAAAAGAAGCUUUAGGCAUGCCAGACGGUGCCCCUCCCCCAUGGCUUAUUAACAUGCAGAGAUACGGUCCUCCACCUUCUUAUCCACAUUUAAAAAUUCCGGGUCUUAAUGCUCCUAUUCCACCUGGCGCUAGCUUUGGUUAUCAUCCUGGAGGUUGGGGCAAACCACCUGUUGAUGAGUUCGGGCGUCCUGUCUACGGGGAUGUUUUUGGACAACAAGAAGAGUUACCUAACUAUGAGGAAGAGCCAGUUGAUAAGACCAAGCACUGGGGUGAUUUAGAGGAAGAGGAGGAGGAGGAGGAGGAGGAAGAGGAAGUGGAAGAGCAAUACGAAGAAGAGGACUUGGAGGAUGGCAUUCAAUCAGUUGACAGCCUAUCAAGUACCCCCACUGGUGUUGAGACUCCAGAUGUUAUUGACCUUCGCAAGCAGCAGAGGAAAGAACCUGAAAAACCUUUGUACCAGGUGCUGGAAGAAAAAGAAGAGAAGAUAGCUCCAGGAACAUUGCUUGGAACAACACAUACCUAUGUGAUAGGUGGUGCCCCUCAGGACAAGCCAUCUGGUAAAAGGGUUGAUUUGCUUAGAGGUCAAAAAACAGAUAAGGUUGACGUUUCGUUACAGCCCGAGGAGUUGGAGCUCAUGGACAAUGUCUUGCCUGCCAAGUACGAGGAAGCCCGAGAGGAAGAAAAGCUUCGUAGUCAAAGGGAGGACUUCAGUGACAUGGUUGCAGAGAACGAAAAGAAGAGAAAGCGGAAAAUGCAAGAAAAGGACAGCAAGUCGAAGAAAAAGGAUUUCAAGUUUUAAGUAGCAUCAUAUGUUGGAAUGUUGUAGUAUAAGAAACAUGGAACUUUUAUGUAACAUUUGUUUGAUAAUGCUCACUUUUAACGAAGGUGGAUUAGAUUGUUGAUUUUGAUGCCUAUUUUUGCAGAAAUGGUUGCAUGUGCCUUUAAA